UCAAUCGGUGUAAUAGUAGUGUUGAACGCGGUCACUCUGAUCACUCUGUCUUCACACCCUACAACUUUUAUGACGGACUUGGUGCAUUCACGAGGAGGUAGUUGACUGGUGAGUGCGACAUUCCACAACCCUCUGCCCCAGGAGUCAGACAGGCACAGUUCGGACCUGGUUUACCAGCAAGGAGGCAGCACCCCGACCCGCUCCAGUCCCGGCCCGGCACGAUGUCUCCCCUGCCCGUACUGUUCCUGUAUAUCUUCACGGUGUGCGUGUCCGCAGCGUGUCCCAGCCAACACUAUGACUCCAGCGGUGCGUGCUGCUCACAGUGCCCGCCAGGUGAGGGGGUGACGACGCCGUGCUCGGACGGGAACGGUACCGGCUGCACGGCGUGUGUGCCCGGCCAGACCUUCUCCAACUCCCGCUCACACACAGAGCAGUGUCUGGACUGCACCGGCUGUGGUGCCAACAUGAAGGUGGUGUCUCCGUGUAACAGAACUCACGACACGGUGUGUGAAUGUUCCGCCGACUUCUACUGGGAUGAGGAGACGUCUCGGUGUGAGCGGUGUCAGAUCUGUCCCCCAGGGUUCGGGGCGGUGGAGGCCUGCAGUCCCCGGCAGGACUCGGGCUGUGUCGCCUGCCCCAACAUGACGUACUCCGACGUGGACAGCCCCAGUGCGCAGUGCGUGGCGUGUACCCUGUGUACGGACAGCCAGGUCAUGCUGCAGACCUGCACCUCUAUAUCCGACACCAUCUGUCUCGAUAAGAACAUGCCCCAGCUGAUCGGCGCUAACGUGGGCAGGACGACACCAGCAGACGGCCUGCUGACGCUGAAGGACGCCUCCGGACAGAACAUCAUCCCGGUCUACUGUUCCAUCAUGGGCGCGGUGGUGGUCGGGCUCAUCGUCUAUGUGGCUGUCAAACGGUGGAAGACUUGCCAGAAACCGCAGGGCACCAAGUCUGGCCCCCAGGGUACCGACGUGGAGGCGCAGAAGAACCAGAAUAACGACAGUGGUGUGUGUGUGGACCCCUGCACCACUCCUAGCGGCGGAAAGACCCGAGUCAGCGAGCUGUCCUCCAGCAGACUUCGAGACCUCGUCUUCACGCUCAGCUUACAGCACCCGGUCAACUGGCGCCACCUGGCGUCCGAGCUCGGGUAUGACAUCGCAGCCAUCGAUGAAUUUGAGCAGGGCAACAACAAUGGACCUGGAGCUGCCAAAGCCUUCCUGGUUCACUGGAGUAGAAUGGAGAAUGCCACUGUAGACAACUUGUGCCAGGCUCUGAGAGCCAUUGGUAGACAGGAUGUCAUAGGACUGCUGCAAGAGUGCAAUAUGGGGCGACACCUUGUGUAGAACAGUGUACUUUCAUGGGUGCCAAAAACUAAGAUAUAAAGUUGUGUUGUACGAGUUUAGUGUCACAUUAUCUGUGGAAACCUGACAAACCAUAAAACAACUGAAGAUAACCGUAUCAACGUUACCAUAAUACGUUGUCUCAGAAGUACUGUAAAGAAACUUUGAUGUUGGAGGAUUGUUAUAUCCAUCAACUUGUAUAUAUUGUAAAUAGGAAAGAAGAGUAUAUUUGUGUUCAAGUGCACAACAGGACAAUGUUGGUAACAGAGGCCUCAAGUUUUGUUUUUCAGUUAGUUAAGUUAAACAUACCCCACAAUUAGUUUUGUUUAUACCCUUAUGUAGAUUGGUACUUAGAAAAACAAAACAAAAACAUCCACCACCAAGUCCUUGUGAAUAUUGAGAAACCAUCAUGAUGACCCUGCUAUGUACAUGCUCAAGAUGACAGGGUAGUAUCCAUGUUUGGAGCUUUUUUUAAAGAGCCUGAAUAAAGGUUUUUUGAUAUCAUCAGA